UCAUCAUUCAAUAUCCUGCUAUCAGUGUAAGGUUUAUUGCACUGCUCAUAGGACCAUGCGCGCAAACCUGCCCUUCGCGUGUUGCAUGCUGGGAAUUAAAAGAGUGCAGGCUCGGACUUUUUCUGGCUUCGGAGUAUAUAAGUAUAAACCUCUAUACAUAUAGUGCAUGUAUAUAUAUUUACAAUGGGUUUAACAGCAGGAGAGCGGAUUUUGCAGUGCAUCUUCCGUGCAGUGUCCGGCUUUUUCUGCGCGCUUUUUGUUUUGGUGUCGCCGCGACGCAAAGCCGAAAAAGUGGCACCGGUCACCGAGCCGCUGCUCCUCAUCCCCGCCGUGCAGCUGGCCGACAAAAUCCGCCGCAGACAGGUAUCAAGUGUAGAGGUGGUUCAGGCCUAUAUAGACAGGAUCCAGCAGGUGAACCCUCUCUUGAAUGCUGUGGUUAAGGACAGAUUUUCGGCAGCUUUGGCAGAAGCAGCUCACGCAGACAGGCUGAUAGAGGAGGAGACCGGGGGAGAGGAGGCUCUAGCAGACAAAAUUCCUCUGCUAGGAGUCCCUUUAUCUGUCAAAGAGUGUUUUUUCUUGCAGGGUAUGCCCUGCUCCACAGGCAUGAUCUCUCGUGCUGGCUUUGUUGCCAGUACAGACGCCCCUGCUGUGGCCCUGUUGAAGAGAGCUGGAGCCAUCCCUCUAGGAGUGACCAACACUAGUGAGCUGUGUAUGUGGCUGGAAUCGAACAAUCACCUGUAUGGCAUCACCAAUAACCCCUACGACACGACCAGGAUAUGUGGAGGAAGCUCAGGUGGAGAGGGCAGUAUUCUGGGCAGUGCGGGCUCCGUAAUUGGGAUUGGCUCGGAUAUUGGAGGAAGCAUUCGCAUGCCCUGUUUCUUUAAUGGCAUAUUUGGACACAAAGGGACUCCAGGAAUCGUCUCUAAUGAUGGCCAGUUCCCUCCUAGCUCUGGGAUUCAGGAUGGCCUUCUGAGUACAGGCCCAAUGUGUCGCUAUGCUGAAGACCUGCUGCCUAUGCUGAAGAUCAUGGCUGGAGCAAAUGCAGACAAACUAUCGCUGUCCUCUGAGGUGGACCUGAAGAAGCUGCGUUUCUUCUCAGUAGUAGAUGAUUGUGGAUCUCUGUGGACAUCUCCUGUGGACAAACAGCUUGUUGACGCACAGAGAAAGGUGAUUCAGCGACUAGAGACAGAUUUAGGAGUCAAAGUUAAGGAAAUGAGCUUUCCACAGCUCAAGCACUCCUGCAAGAUCUGGGUAACGUGCAUGGCCCUUCCAGAUAAAGAUGGCAAGCCACCACAGUCUUUUGCAGAGCUGCUGGCAGAUGGAGGCUCGACCAAGUGGCCGGUUUGGGAACUGAUCAAGUGGAUUUUUGGGAAAUCUGACCACACCCUACCUUCCAUUGGUCUGGCUCUUAUGAACAGCAAACCAUCACCGUUCUACCUCAAGCAGAAGGAGGCACUGCAGCAUGAUAUGGACAAGGUGUUGGGGACGGACGGUGUGCUGCUGUACCCCUCUCAUCCUCUCCUGGCCCCCAAACACCAUCAUCCAUUAUUCCCGAUAUAUAACUUCUCUUACACAGGGAUCUUCAAUGUACUGGGCCUACCUGUUACCCAGUGUCCUUUGGGGCUGAGUGAGGAGGGUUUGCCCCUCGGUGUGCAGGUGGUGGGUGGAAAGCUGCAGGACCGUCUAACACUGGCAGUAGCUCUGUAUCUGGAGAAAGCUUUUGGAGGAUGGAGAGACCCAGGAGCCACCUGAGAAACGGUGGAGCCAUGCUGCUUUCAUUAGGAAUGAUGAAACAUGAACAACGAACCUGAAUUUUCCAUGUUUACUAAACGUUAAUAAAUCACUCUGAGCUCAUUGUACUUCUUGCUAAUUAUUUGCUUUAGAGCUAUAUCACGUAAAUGCUGUUAAAUUAUUAUCGUUCAUCAUCUAAGGUGUGAAAAUAAGCACUAAACUGAAAUAAAAACUCUGUUGUGUCUAAGGGGAGAGCAAAAAAAAAGUGAAAGGGCAGUGGUAUUAACUGCCAAUAGAG